AUGGAGGGUGAGAAAGCAGAGAAGCAGAAGAAUGAAGAUGGAAAAAAUGAUGAUGAGAAGGGCAGAAGAGGGGGGCUGAUUCCUAAACUGAGGCAGAAGCAUAUUCCCUCAGAAACCCCUUUUCUGAAUUAUUAUUCUACAGUUCAAGAAUUAAAUCGCACCACCAAUCUCAGCAUGAACCAGCUGGUUAAAUACAAUGACGAGGCCGAGAUUCAAGAUUUUAACGGCGAUGGCAAUACUUGGCUUACCUCAAUUCUUGAUGUGAAAAAAAACAAUCACAUUCUGGGAUCGGCUGUGUCAGAGAAAGAAUUGAAGAUUCGAAGUGAGCUUGAAAUGGAGGUGGAAAGGGACUUAGAAGAAGAGAUUAAAGACGGCAUAUGUAAUCUUUCUCUUAGACUGCAUCGUCUCUAUCAACGUCAGAAGGAAAGACAGAUGAAAGAAGGAUCAGAUGAAGAUAACACAACGAAAGCACUUUCUGAGGUGAACAUAAGCAUAAAAAUGGAAGGGAAGACCAAAGUUGAAAUCAAAGAGACUAAGAAAGAAGCGACUGGAAAGGGUCAUCAUCGACGUUCAUGGAGUCAUAGAUCAGAAGAUAUGAAACUACUAGUGUCUCGUUCGAAUGGAGGGAAGGUUGAUUGGAAGAAGAGUCUACGAGCAGGUUCAGGUAAUACUGUUUCUGUGAACAAAAGAAAUGGAAGCCCAAAUCGUGAAUCUGAUAAAGGAAGGGCAAAUAUUAAAGGACGUUCUCGUUCGUCGGGACGAGUGAAACAACAAGGUAAGGUGGAUCGCAAGCUUCUUCGACUGGGAUGGAAGUUUUAAAGAUUAAUCUAUUGGUCCGUGAUUUACAGUUUGCGUACUGUGUGGUUUUGCAAUUCAUAUUACUACUUAUACGA